GAUCCCUUCUCAUAAGGGCACUGUGUGGAGCCUCUGAAAUCUGCAGAGAUUUUUCUCUGCAAAUGCAGGAAGAAAGCAAGUGGAUGGGUACAUAAGCAUGGCCUUGCUCCUGGUCUCUUUGUUAGCAUUCCUGAGCAUGGGCUCAGGAUGUCAUCAUCGGAUCUGUCACUGCUCUAACAGGGUUUUUCUCUGCCAAGAGAGCAAGGUGACAGAGAUUCCCCCCGACCUCCCCAGGAAUGCGGUUGAACUGAGGUUUGUCCUCACCAAGCUUCGAGUCAUCCCAAAAGGCGCAUUUUCAGGAUUUGAGGACCUGGAGAAAAUAGAGAUCUCUCAGAAUGACGUCUUGGAAGUGAUAGAGGCAGAUGUGUUCUCCAACCUUCCCAAGCUACAUGAAAUUAGAAUUGAAAAGGCCAACAACCUGCUCUACAUCAACACAGAGGCCUUCCAGAACCUUCCCAACCUCCGAUAUCUGUUAAUAUCCAACACAGGUAUUAAGCACUUGCCAGCUGUUCACAAGAUUCAAUCUCUCCAAAAGGUUUUACUAGACAUUCAAGAUAACAUAAACAUCCAUACAGUUGAAAGAAAUUCUUUCAUGGGACUGAGUUCUGAAAGUGUGAUUCUAUGGCUGAGUAAGAAUGGGAUUCAAGAAAUACACAACUGUGCAUUCAAUGGAACCCAACUAGAUGAGCUGAAUCUAAGUGAUAACAAUAAUUUGGAAGAAUUGCCUAAUGAUGUUUUCCAGGGAGCCUCUGGACCAGUCAUUCUAGAUAUUUCAGGAACAAGGAUCCAUUCCCUGCCUAGCUAUGGCUUAGAAAAUCUUAAGAAGCUGAGGGCCAGGUCAACUUACAACUUAAAAAAGCUUCCUAGUCUGGAAAAGCUUGUUGCCCUCAUGGAGGCCAGCCUCACCUAUCCCAGCCACUGCUGUGCCUUUGCAAACUGGAGACGGCAAAUCUCUGAGUUUCAUCCAGUUUGCAACAAAUCUAUUUUAAGGCAAGAAUUUGAUGAUAUGACUCAGGCUAGGGGUCAGAGAGUCUCUCUGGCAGAAGAUGAUGAAUCCAGUUAUGGCAGAGGAUUUGACAUAAUGUACAAUGAAUUUGACUAUGACUUAUGCAAUGAAGUGGUUGACGUGACCUGCUCCCCUAAGCCAGAUGCAUUCAACCCAUGUGAAGAUAUCAUGGGGUACAACAUCCUCAGAGUCUUGAUAUGGUUUAUCAGCAUCCUGGCCAUCAUUGGGAACAUCAUAGUGCUGGUGAUCCUGAUUACCAGCCAAUACAAACUCACGGUUCCCCGGUUUCUCAUGUGCAACCUGGCCUUUGCUGACCUCUGCAUCGGAAUCUACCUGCUGCUCAUAGCAUCGGUUGAUAUCCACACCAAGAGCCAAUACCACAACUAUGCCAUUGACUGGAAAACUGGAGCAGGCUGUGGUGCUGCUGGCUUUUUCACUGUCUUUGCCAGUGAGCUUUCAGUCUACACUCUGACAGCCAUCACCCUAGAGAGAUGGCACACCAUCACCCAUGCCAUGCAGCUGGACUGCAAAGUGCAGCUCCGUCAUGCUGCCAGCGUCAUGGUGAUGGGCUGGAUCUUUGCUUUUGUGGCUGCCCUCUUUCCCAUCUUUGGCAUCAGCAGCUACAUGAAGGUGAGCAUCUGCCUGCCCAUGGAUAUUGACAGCCCUUUGUCACAGCUGUAUGUCAUGUCCCUCCUUGUGCUCAAUGUCCUGGCGUUUGUGGUCAUCUGUGGCUGCUACGCCCACAUCUACCUCACAGUGAGGAACCCCAACAUCGUAUCCUCCUCUAGCGACACCAAGAUUGCCAAGCGCAUGGCCAUGCUCAUCUUCACCGACUUCCUCUGCAUGGCACCCAUUUCUUUCUUUGCCAUUUCUGCCUCCCUCAAGGUGCCCCUCAUCACUGUGUCCAAGGCAAAGAUCCUCCUGGUCCUGUUCUACCCCAUCAAUUCCUGUGCCAACCCCUUCCUCUAUGCCAUCUUUACCAAAAACUUCCGCAGAGAUUUCUUCAUUCUGCUGAGCAAGUUUGGCUGCUAUGAAAUGCAAGCCCAAAUUUAUAGGACAGAAACCUCAUCUACUGCCCACAACUCCCAUCCAAGGAAUGGCCACUGCUAUUCAGCUCCUAGAGUCACCAAUGGCUCCAGUUACAUACUUGUUCCUCUAAGCCAUUUAGCCCAGAACUAAAAACACAAUGUGAAAAUGUAUCUGAGUACUGAAUGAUAAUUAACUCUUACCUUUGAAGAGUAUGCCACUGGAGAGCUGAUAGAGUGCUUCUACAUAUUUUAUCUAGUUUAAUCUUCCUGGCAUACCUAUAAGGUAAAUUGGUCAGGAACUAUUAAUUCCAUGUGAUACAUUAGGAAGCUGAAUUAUUAAUAACAAUAAUUAAAAUAAUACUAUGUCAUAUUUUAUGCUUUUGUAUGUUGAUUUUGAACCCUUAUAAUGUUUACAGUGGUUUUAGUCAGAUCAUCUAAACUGAUCCCAACAAAAUUCCAUUAAAUAUAGGACAGGGAUUAUUCUUGGCGUUUUACAAAUGAGGAAACCAAGACUCAAAGAGUUAAGUGACUUGUGCAAAAUUGCUUUAUUUGUAAGAGGCAGAGCCAGGAUUAGGUGUUCUGACUUCCAGAAAAUUUCCAAGAGAAGCACCGCAGUAUUCAUUCAUUCAUUCAACAAAUAUUUUGUAAGCACCCGUGUCACUACUUUGUAAUGUGUCAACUUGGAUAGGCUGAACUACAUUUCCCAGAAUUCCCUUUCUCAUGU